AUGGACGGUUUCUGCGUGGCUCCAGAACGUUUCCUCAGAGCCAAGUGUGCUUUGGCAGUGCGGGUGCGGACAAACAGCUGGAGGGACAUCGAGUUGAGCAAGAUGCUUUCUCAUAUAGGUAUGCAGGUUGAAAGCGCUGUCAAAUUGCAGAAAGCGAUCGUGCAACGGCGCAUUGAUGUCGCCCAAGCACAAGAGGCAAUGCCCGGCGACUACAACUACGCCAUUAAGCUAGAUCAGUCCACAAAAAAUGCCAAGUUCCGGGAGGUGGAACAAACCAAGAUGCUGUAA